UCUGUAGCGCAUGUACGUACACUGUAGUAAGUCUGGUCUUAUCACAAAAUGUUUGGGCACCACUUUUUCCUAAACCACGGAUGAUGAUGAAUGAUGAUAAACCAUAGAUUAGAUAAUAAUAUGUUUAUUUUUAUUAUAAUUUGUAGUUUUCUGAAAUCUGAAAUAUUAUGAAACAAUGAAACUAUGAAAUAUAAAUAUUGAAUAGUAUGCUGCAUUAUUAUUAAUAAUUUAAAACUAUUACUACUCCGAUUUUAAUGAUUCGAGUAUUCACGUUUCUGUCAGUUUCAGUUACAACGGUGUUUGCUUUUGAAAUAAAUCAUUAUUUCAUUAGUCAUUUCUACAAAAUAGAUAUAGGGUAGUUUUUUAGGAAGGUUGAUUGAGAAGAGUGGUUCUUAGAAAACAUCAAAAUGAAUAUAUUGCCAAAAAAAAGGUGGCAUGUACGUACCAAAGAUAACAUUGCGCGUGUUAGGCGUGAUGAAGCACAAGCAGCCGAAGAAGAGAAGAAACUUAAGAUGAGGAUACAGCUAGCUGAACAAGAAACAAAACUUGCAUUGCUAAGAAAUAAGUCUAAACAAAGAUAUGAUGACUCUGCAGAUCGACCCAAAGAAACUAAAUCAGAAGAGCUAACUCAUGUUAAUUUUUUCCAAGAUCUCGAAGAUGGGAAUGUCGCUCAUACAGGUGUUAACAAAGAACAUGAGCAAGAAAAAAAGGAAGAGAAAGAAGCAUAUGAAAAAAAAGUUGGUUAUCUUACUUAUUUAGGACAGGACACAGAUGAGGCGACUGGUAAUGUACAAUGGUAUAACAAGAAACCGAAACGAUUAGACAUGUGUAAAACUGAUAAAGAAAUUGAAACAAAAGUUAAAACAUUUAACGAUCCACUUCUUGUUAUGAAGAAAUAUGUUGAAACUGAUCAAAAGAAUAGCGAAAAAUCCAGAGCAUCAAUUAAGACAAAUGAUGAAUCACCUAAAAAAAAACAUAAGAAAAAACAUAAAAAAAAAGAGAAAAAAAAAGAAAAAGUUAAUGAUAAAAACGAAAAAUUAUUAAUUUUAGAAAAACUUCGAGAAAAAAGAUUAAAGAGAGAAAGGGAAGAGAGGUUUAAAGCUAGUCAAUUAUUAGCAAGAAUGAAUGGAGUCAUACCUGUUGAAGUUUCAAAACCACAACCAAAACCAACUAUUGUUCAAAAGUAUAAUUCUCAGUUUAAUCCAUACUUAGCCAAACAAAAUUAUCCUACAACCAAUUUGAAUUAAUAAACAUACAAUUUAAAAUAUGUUAUUACAUGUUUUAUAAAUUUAUUAAAUAUUUUAUUGUUGUAUCCAA